CUGUCUUGAGGAUUAUGUAAAAGAUCUUACGCAAUGCCCUGAAUGUGCAACGAAAAUUGAAUCUAUUGAUUAUACACAUUAUUCUGGUACUUCUGAACAUAGUUCACAGGAUCGGGCACAGAAUACCUCAGACCCAAUGCAAAUUUCGCCACAAAUGGCACAAAUGACAUCUAGUCAAAGCGGGGAUACAGUAACCUCAGAUACAACUCAUAGUUUAAAUCUCCCCUUAUCGGAUUUCUUCAUUUCAGACUAUACAAAACAGAGUCAAAAAAGACUUAACGAAGAUACUACUAAAAAUAAAUCAUCCAAUAAAAAAUCAAAGCGGAAUAAGGAAAAAGGCGAUAAGAAAGAUUCUAAUACUAUAAAAAAACUUAUUACAGAAUUAAAAUCUAACACCGCUGAACAAAAUACAGAUAAAAUAACUUCUUACCAAGUCAUAGCUACCGAAGCUGACCCACAACCUAUCGAUUUUCUAAAUUUAUAUACUAAAAUUACCUUUGCUGAAAGUGAAAAUCAAAAACAAAGUCAGAAAGUAAUUAUUCAAUACUAUAACUUCGGGAUAGCCAUAGCGAAACGCUUCAAGUUUCAUUAUGAAAAAUCUUAUAAUGUAAAUGAUGCUAAUAGUGAAGUAAAUAAAGAAAUUGAAAAACAACUUCCCGAUG